AUAAGACGGUGUUCCUCCGAACCUGCCGUCCUGGUGCCGCCACGUCGCCCCGCUCUGCCGUCGCCGCUAUAAAUCAAACCCCAGCUCGGCGACGAUUCAAGUAGAAUCAGCAAUGGCGAAGCAGGAGGAGAUGACCGUGAUGAAAGGGUUGGACUUGGAGCGCUACAUGGGGAGGUGGUACGAGAUCGCCUCCUUCCCCUCCCGCUUCCAGCCGCGGGACGGCCAGGACACGCGGGCUACGUACACUCUGCGGUCCGACGGCACCGUGAACGUCCUCAACGAGACUUGGAGCGGCGGAAGGCGCGGAUCCAUUGAGGGCACGGCCUAUAAGGCCGACCCCUCCAGCGACGAGGCCAAGCUCAAGGUCAAAUUCUACGUGCCACCCUUCCUUCCCAUCUUCCCUGUCGUCGGAGAUUACUGGGUGCUCUACAUCGACGACGACUACCAGUACGCGCUCAUCGGCCAGCCCUCCCGCAGUUACCUCUGGAUUCUGUGCAGACAAACCCACCUGGAUGAGGAAGUAUACAACAUGUUGGUGGAGAAAGCUAAAGAAGUGGGUUAUGACGUCCAGAAACUGCACAAGACGCCCCAAACCGAUCCUCCUCCGGAAGCCGACACAGCUCCCAGGGAUACCAAAGGCAUUUGGUGGAUCAAAUCCCUCUUUGGCAGAUGAAAUCUUCAUUUUUCCCUUUUAAUGGAGUGUCUACCGCCCCAGUUUGGAGUCGACCGUCACAUCCUUGGUCUGUAUGAUCCUAUCAAUAUAUACUGAACUAGUCACUGCGUGAGAUGUGUUGGAUAUUAUGUACAAUCGAAGUAAUAUUGGUAUCUUUGUUGAAA